AGUAUCACCGGUCUCUUUCCUCUUGUAUUUUUCUUGCCAACUUGCUGCUAAGUAGAGAGAUACCUUCCAAGCAAGCCAGCAAGCCAUCAAAAGGGCAGUACGCCAAAGAGGAGGAAGAGCAGUGCGGCCAUGGCGCUGGCUUCUUGCCUUCUUCUUCCUUUGCUCCUCCUCGCCACUGGAGCCUCAGGAAUCGUCUCCUCCCUCCCAAGUGCAGCCGUGCAAUCGUUGGUCCGCAAGCGCAAGUCAUCCUCCGGUCAACUUCCGUUCGCCGCCCACUUCUUCCCCCAGCAAAUCGACCACUUCAACUUCCGCCCUGACUCCUCCCGCGUCUUCUACCAGAAGUACCUCCUCAACGCCUCCUUCUGGGACAAGGGCCCUUCUCACUCUGCUCCAAUCUUCGUCUACACCGGCAACGAAGGCAACAUCGAGUGGUUCGCCGAAAACACUGGCUUCAUGCUCGAUAUAGCCCCCAGGUUCAACGCCCUCCUCCUCUUCAUCGAGCAUAGAUUCUAUGGCGAUUCCAAGCCGUUUGGGAAGGAUUCGUAUAAGUCCGCUGAGACAUUGGGGUACUUGACUUCCACUCAAGCGUUGGCAGAUUAUGCAGUUCUUAUCAGAAGCUUGAAGCAGAACCUGUCGGCAGAGGCAUCCCCUGUUGUGGUCUUUGGUGGAUCUUAUGGAGGAAUGCUGGCAGCUUGGUUCCGACUUAAGUAUCCACAUGUCGCCAUUGGAGCUCUGUCUUCAUCAGCCCCAAUCCUGCAAUUUGAUGACAUAGUCCCUUGGAGCAGCUUCUAUGAUGGAGUGUCCCAGGACUACAAGGAUGAGAGUGCCAACUGCUUUGAGGUAAUUAAAGAGAGUUGGGAUCAGUUGAUGACAACAGCAGCUAAGGGAGGAAUGCUGCAACUCACCAAGAAAUUUAAAGCUUGCAAAACCAUUCAGUCUGUAUAUUCUGUGAGAGACUGGCUCUGGACAGCAUUUACAUAUACAGCAAUGGUUGAUUACCCUACUCCAGCCAAUUUUCUGAUGCCUUUGCCUGCUUAUCCUGUUAAAGAGAUGUGUAGCAUUAUUGAUGGGUUCCCAACAGGAGUAGACAAGCUGACCAAGGUCUUCUCAGCCGCUAGUUUGUACUAUAACUACUCAGGCACACAUUCAUGCUUUGACAUAGAGAAUGACAGUGAUCCCCAUGGCCUCAAUGGUUGGGGCUGGCAGGCAUGCACAGAGAUGGUGAUGCCUAUGACUUGCUCAAAUGAAAGCAUGUUUCCUCCGUCCUCAUAUUCCUAUGAAGCAUUUGAGGACCAAUGCAAGGCAAAGUAUGGUGUUCUACCUAGACCGCACUGGAUAACCACAGAAUACGGUGGCAAUAGAAUUGAGCUAGUAUUAAAGAGAUUCGGAAGCAACAUCAUCUUCUCUAAUGGAAUGAGAGACCCAUGGAGUAGAGGAGGGGUGCUCAAGAACAUAUCAUCCAGCAUCAUUGCCCUUGUCGCACCACUAGGGGCUCAUCACGUGGAUCUUAGAUUUGCCAGAAAGGAUGAUCCAAAUUGGGUCAAGGAGCAAAGAGAAGCAGAGAUCAAGAUUAUUCAAGGUUGGGUCGACCAGUACUAUAGAGAUUCAAAAGAGCCUUCAAGGCAGUGAGCAUCUGGAGCUCAUUCCUCCCUCGCGUGCUACAUUCUGAUUGAUGAAAUAACAAGAAUGUUUAUUUACAGCGGCCUAGAAAUAAACACACUAGGAGUUUAGUUCUGGCGUAAUUUGUAGCAUUUGAAUAGACCCUUUAUAUUUCUGUGGUUGCGGCCAAGCUGUGAAUAGGGCCGACAAUGCCCAUGAACUUGCGGAAAGGUUGCCAUGAGUUCUGCUGGUUGAGUCAUGGCUGGCACAAGCUUGUGGCUAGGUCGCGAAUCAUAACUGCGAGAAUCACUGUCAGAAUGGCAGCUGCGAGGCCCUGUCCUGGCUGAAAGUCGCGGGCACUAGAGCCUCAAGUUCGGCCUGGACUGAUACAUGUUCCAUGGAUGAGUUUUUUUUCCCACUUUAAAUCCUUUUUCUUGAUCCAUUCACUCUUAGGAUAGGAUAAAACAAAUUGUUGAUAAAGCUCCGAGCAAGGAGACACCAAAAAGCAGUCAAAUUGCCAAAGUCAGUCAGUCAAGGAAUCCUUAAGCACUAUAAAGUGAAGAAGAUUGUAGAGCAAGGGCCGACCAACCGCCCUGUCGAUGUUCAAAUCAUCCAGACUAACUUUGCCGGUCUCCAGUGACCCAACCAAAUGCGACGUCAACCAUUGAGUAAGCAGUCCACACUUGAUGUAUAGAGAAGAAACAAUCGACUUUCAAAGUCUUGGAUGGUUGAGGGUUAAUCCUGAAAAAUGGUGAAGAUUGAAGGGUAACUAAUGGAACCGACUGGCCUCUCAGGACUCAAAUGCCGUGUCCUGCUGCUGCAGUUAUAAAUAAUUCACGUCGAGCUUCCUCCGUUGCAGCUCAAGCAGCAAGCAGUGAAUGGGAAAUUGUCUCGCUGCAUCCAAGUGCCAGCGCCCGUGGCCGUCGGAGAACGACCGGGCCAGGCCUGGGAGGAGGAGGUGCGAGGAAGAUGAUGAUGGAGGAGCAUGGAAGGGCUAUGGCCAUUGGGUUGCUGUCGUUGACAGGAGGGGUGGAGAUUUCAUGGACAGGGAGCACAGAAGGAUGAAUUUUGAAGCAUGACCACUCAGGUUUGCAAUAUGAAGGCUUGCUCGGCACCUGAUGGCAGAUUUCACCUUUUACAACUCGUAUUUAGUUACUGUUAGACUGAAUGUAUUAUACUCAUAUAUGAAAGUUUUCAUGAGGACCAUAAAGGUUUCAUCAUGUCUUGUUAGA